UUGUAACCACACAGUACUCCCCAAGAUUUAAAAAGCUGCAGACAGAGCUCCAGAUAAAUAAUCACUUAUCUGUCUUCUGAAGAAAUUCCUCUAGUUCCAAGUUCACACUGCAAACACCAACCCACCCAUCUCCAUCAAAGACCGACUGGAGGUAAAGGAAGAGUGGAAAUGUGCUUCUGGACAAAGCUGUCAGUAUUCUGGGUGCCACUGUUCCUUCUACUCAGCCUCGUUCCCACGACUGAGACAGCAAAACCCUCUACCCAGGAUAGCGGCGGCACCUGGAUUCCUGGCCAACUGACAGAAGUACUCCGAGCUCUCUCUGCUGAUGACCGCCCACCCCUGAACCACUCAAGAAGCCUCCUCAAAACCUUGUUGGAGAAAACUGGCUGUCCACGGAGGAUGAACGGGAUGCAAGGAGACUGCAAUUUGUGCUUUGAACCAGAUGCCCUCUUGCUAAUAGCUGGAGGAAAUUUCCAAGAUCAGCUCAGAGAGGAAGUGGUCCAAAGGGUUUCUCUUCUACUGCUCUAUUACAUUAUUCAUCAGGAGGAGAUCUGUUCUUCAAAGCUCAAUAUGAGUAAUCAGGAAUAUAAAUUCUACCUACACAGCCUCCUCAGCCUCAGGCAGGAGGAAGACUCUUAUUUCCUCUCCCAGAACGAGACAGAAGAUAUCUUGGCCUUCACCAGGCAGUACUUUGACACUUCUGGAAGCCAGUGUAUGGAAACCAAAAUGCUGCAGAAAAAGUCUGGGAUCCUGAGCAGUGAUGGUGCUGAUGAAAAUACACUUCCUCAGUUGGCGGCAACAAUCAUUGCUUUGUCCCUCCAAGGUGUUUGUCUGGGGCAAAGAAACUUGCCUUCCCCAGGCUAUUUUACAGAAUAUAUUUUCAGUUCUUUGAAUAGUACGAGUACUCUCCAUCUGUCAGAACUAGACAAGCUCCUCAACACGCUCUUGACCAAAAGUACCUGCAUCAGAAAAGAUAAAAUCCAUCAACUUCAAAGGAAACAAAACAAUAUAGCAAUCUAUGACUGGAGUUAUCCUAAUCUAACUGUGUCCAUGGACCAAGAGUCAGAUGAUGGUCCUGUUUCCUGGGAUCAGACUUGCUUCUCUGCUGGGCAGCUGGUGCAGAUCUUUCUACAAGACAGCCUUUUGCCCAUUUCUAAGGAGGACUUUAAGAAAAUGAGUCCAGGAAUCAUCCAGCAGUUGCUCAGCUGCUCUUGCCAGUUGCCCAAGGACCAACAAGGAAACCUGCCGCCCACCACUCUGGAGAAAUAUGGCUACAGCACAGUGGCUGUGACGCUGCUCACGCUGGGCUCCAUGCUCGGGACCACGCUGAUCCUUUUCCACAGAUGUGAGGAGAACUACAGGCUUAUUUUACAGCUGUUUGUGGGCCUGGCUGUUGGAACACUCUCUGGGGAUGCUCUGCUCCACCUUAUUCCUGAGGUUCUUGGUUUACAUAAGCAGGAAACCUCAGAGUUUGGACAUUUCCAUGAAAGCAAAGGUCACAUUUGGAAACUGUUGGGAUUAAUUGGAGGCAUCCAUGGAUUUUUCUUGAUAGAAAAAUGUUUUAUUCUUCUUGUAUCACCACGUCCUGAGCAGGGCAUGUCAUUGGUUAAUGGGCCUGUGGGACAUUCCCACCAUCUUCCACUCAACUCUGAAUUAAGUGACCAGUCAGGCAAAGGCAAAUCUGCUUCAACUAUCCCGUUGAAAGGCCCAGAAGAUCCCCAGGCCGCUGAAAUUCCUAUAGGCACGAUGACAGUCUCCAACAGAAAAUGCAAAUCCAUUAGCUUGUUAGCAAUCAUGAUACUGGUUGGGGACAGCUUACAUAAUUUCGCAGAUGGCCUCGUGAUAGGAACAGCCUUCUCAUCUUCAUCUGAGUCAGGAGUGACCACAACAAUUGCUAUCUUGUGUCAUGAAAUUCCACACGAAAUGGGAGACUUUGCUGUGCUCCUAAGUUCUGGACUUCCUGUUAAGAUUGCCAUCCUGAUGAAUUUCAUAAGUGCUCUGACUGCCUUCAUAGGGCUGUACACUGGCCUCUCGGUAUCAACUGAUCCAUGUGUUCAAAACUGGAUCUUGACAGUUACUGCUGGGAUGUUCUUAUAUUUAUCCUUGGUGGAAAUGAAAAUCUUUCCAGAAACUACUACUACUUUGUCAAAGAUGAACAACAGCCAGGUGGCACUAGAGGCAGUGGAGCUUCCUGAAAUGACUCAUGUUCAAACACGGCGACCCUGGUUGAUGUUUCUCCUGCAGAAUUUUGGACUGACCCUAGGUUGGCUUUCUCUGUUACUCUUGGCUAUAUAUGAACAAAAUAUUAAAAUAUAAGUUGAUUCUCAAAAUCCUUCAAAAAUGAAUUUAUGUGGCCUCAUUUUGUUUCUUUUGUUGUGACAUGUAAAUUAAAUACUUUUUUAAUCUUAGGUGAGGUGUGUGUCUUUUAGUUCAUUAACUUACUAAUUUUUUUAGUGAAAUUGUGUGUGUGUAGUAUGUAAAUGUCAGAUUGUCCUUAAUUGAAAUUUUGCUUUUAGUCUCCAUCACCAUGAUAGAAAUCAUACUUUUUUUAGUCAUUAGUAAAUUCUAAAUUCAUUCUGGUAAGCUUUCCAAAAAAUAUCAUUUCCCUACUAAAGAAUGUUUGUUUGUGCUAUUUGAAGUGGACAGAUGCCUCCUGGGAUAAAAUUUGCUGCAACUUCCUUGGUGUCAAUAUUUUUUUCUGUGAGAUUACACACCAUAAGCAAACUAAAUUACAAACAAAUGUAAUAAAGUAUAAUUUUAAUGUGAUGGUUUGUUACUGGAUGUCAGAUUCUGAAUCAACUGUCACAAAACCAAUACAGUAUAGUUCACCUGCAAGCAUUCCUACCGGUUCAUAAAUGCUUAUAAACAAGCAAAUUUGGGAAGCCUGAAGAAUAAAAUGUCAACAUUCUUCUAUACAAUCACCAAAUGAAAUCUGUUCUAGGUAAGUGGAACUGGAAACAAAAGAUGAAGUUCAAAAAUUGUAAAAAUAAAGCUUAAAUUAAGCGGUAGAUUAAUGCAUCAGCUCUCACAUAUUUAACAAAGUGUGUUUAGUGGAAUAAUAUUUUUUCUGAAGAAACAGACCCCUAAACAUUAUUUCAGUAGGUAAGUUCAUGAAAUGUACAAUCAACGUAACUGAUAACCUAGCAAAA